AGUGACCCGCUGAGCAAUCCAAGUACUUUUACCAGCUCUACGCGAAGCUGGAGGAGGAGCACGGCCUGGCCCGGCAUGCCAUGUCCGUCUACGAUCGCGCCACGUCCGCCGUCAAGGAAGAGAAGAUGUUCGACAUGUACAACAUAUUCGUGAAGAAGGCCGCCGAGAUCUACGGCCUGCCACGCACCAGGGAGAUCUACGAGAAGGCCAUCGAGGCUCUGCACGAGCAGCAUAUGCGCCACAUGUGCGUCAAAUUCGCCGAGCUGGAGACGAAGCUGGGCUAGGUGGAUCGAGCCAGGGCCAUCUACGCUCACAGGUGUGCGAUCCCCGCAUCACGGCGGACUUCUGACAGACCUGGAAGGAGUUCGAGGUGCGUCAUGGCAACGAGGAUACGAUGCGUGAAAUGCUGCGGAUCAAGCGUUCCAUUCACCUACAACACUCAGGUCAACAUGAUGGCUGCCCAGUUUGUCAACACGAACACGAAUGGUGUGGCUGCCGAUGCUGGUGCUGGCUCCGGACCGGAUGCCAUGCGGCUGCUCGAGGAGAAGGCCCGCCAGGCGGCGGCCGAGGCCAAGCAGAAGCCCGCCGAGAAGGCUAGUAGUAAAGGAUAAGGGACGGUCAUAUUU